AUCGAUGGGUUGACAGAGGAGGCAGGAGAACACGACGCCCGUGGCCGUGGAGGUCCGGCCGCUCCUCUGUGCAGCAGGGCGGGGACUGGGUUCAGGGAAGGAUAACACGAUAACACGAGCCUCAUGUCUUCUAGUGAAAUCUGGAGCCAUCGUAUCGCAGCCGAAGCGUAAGGCGGGAGUCCUCCUCACACACACGGCUCGGCUUGUCCGUCAACAGCCGUCAGAAACAACCAGCAGAGCUCAUCAUAUGGAUUUCACACAUAAUUUUAUUUAUAUAUUAUAUAUAUUACCUCUUAGUUUUUCUAACCAUGAGCACACUCACUGCAGGUUUGUGUGAACUAUUAUUAAAUUAAUCGUAAACGGAAUACGCCGCUGUUUAGGAAACAGAAAAACAGGGAAGAAAAUUUUAAAAAGCGUGAAUUCGUUUAAGGGCGAAAAGGGAGACCGCGGUUACGGAGCAUCGGAAAGCCCGCGAACGAACGAAGCGCGCGACUUGACUGGAAGCCAUUGUUUGUUAGCGCGGGCUCUGACUGAGGACAUGGAUUCGAACGCCGUGAUUAUGACAGCUGGAGCCUCCGUGGGAUUUUUUAAGCUUGUGAACACGGCCCUGAAAAGACUGCCAGUGCCGGAGAGCGCCUGUAGGAACCCGUGGAAAUGGAGAAACAUUUCGACGUCGCUUGUUCACAGCCUCAUAACAGGAUUCUGGGCUGUGCUCUGCUUCUGUGUGCACCCGGAGAUGGCGGAGGAUCUCAGAUCCACCCACACCGUCUUCUCCCACGCCUUGGUGUCCGUAUCGAUCGGAUAUUUUAUCUAUGACUUCUUUGACAUGUUUCUCAACCAGAAGAUCAGUCAAGCCUGGGAACUCCUCUUUCAUCAUACAGUGGUGGUCUGCUGCUUCGGGCUCUCAGCACUGACCCAGCAAUUUGUGGGCUUCUCCGUGGUGGCACUGCUGGUGGAGAUCAACUCAGUGUUCCUGCAUCUACGCCAGGCAUUGCGCAUGGCUGGACUGUCUGGUACCAUGCCUUACCGACUCAACCGUGCACUCAACUUAGGGACCUACGUAGUAUUUCGCAUCAGCACUCUGGCCUGGAUGACCCGCUGGCUGGUGCUGAACCGCAGCCACAUUCCACUGCCCAGCUACACAGUUGGAAGUCUAGGCCUGGCUAUCAUGACUGCCAUGAACAUUGUCCUCUUCUGCCGUCUGCUACGCAGUGAUGUGCUCAAGGUUGGCAGUGAAGGGAAGCGGGAGAAGUAGGGUGCACGCUGGCUGGCAGUUCCCACAGCCUACACUGCCGGCCCCCACCCCUGACACUCAAAAGAUCUCUGGAGUCGCGCAUUCUAGAAACAUCUUGACUGUGUGGCUUAGAAACAUGCUGCGAUAAUGCAGACCACAGUGCUGCUUUUAUAACUCAUAAUACCGGUGAAAAUUCCACUGACUUGUCAGCCUCAAACAGACCGACCUCAUACCAUGCACAACACUGCCCCCUACUGGAGAUUUUUACUGAAAUGACAUAUCGCUUGGUGUAACACCAUACCAUCUGUUGUGUAACUACAGGCGUCGUCAGUAGGAUUAAUGGUUAUUUCUUUCUGUAUGUGACUUUAAUAAGCCUGAAACUUUGCACCACUGUGAGAGUCCUUUGUUUCCUGUAGGAAACCCUGCAGGCCAAAAGCUGUGUCUUAUGAACAGUGACAGCAGAAGGCAUGUCGCCUCACAGAUAUGCACACAUGUACACACAGACAUAGAUCUGUGCUUGUUGCCUCCUGAUUGAAGCUCUGAUCAAGGGGGUGUGUAACUCAUCUAGGGGUACAUAGUUUGCUUAUGGACUUGGGGUGAAGAAAUGGCAUCUGGAUCAGUUGCUACAUUCAUUGAAGUAUGAAUGCAUAGGGGUUCCAAUGGCCCAUUGCAUCAACCCCCUAUCAAAUCCUUGUUGACCCAGAAACCAGGCUGUGGUUCGCAAAAGACAUUUUACACUGAGGUUUGGGAAAUAAGUAUUAGGCUGCCACCUUCUGAACAAAUUGUCCAUCUUGAAUAAAGUAUUUCAACUUCUACAAACCUCCUUAAUCCUGUUUAUGCUGGUCACAGCACCCUACCACCACCAAUCAGCUUCUGUAUUGUGUCAAAGGUUUCUGAGGGAAAGGCUCAAAAACCUCACCUGAUGGCAAAUACAAGCCUUCCACUGGACUUCUACUAAAAAUUGAAGUAUGCCAGGCAUUCCCCUAUGCCCACUACUAUGGUGCAAUUCUACUACUGAAACAAUUUACUGCAAUUAAGACCUCGAGUAAAUGACCCUGAAAUUAACAUUUAACUUACUUAAGUGUGACUGUUCUUGUACAUUUCAUUUGUUGUAUCUAGUGAUGAGUGUCAUGGUAGUGGCUGAAUGGGAUAUUUGUGAACAAAAAAUUUAGUGAAUUUAAUAAUGUUACAGACCCCUUUUUGAGAUUCCCUGGGCCUAAUGUGAUUCAAGCUAAACGUAUGUAAUGAAUGUUGUCUGGAUACAUAGUAAAUUACUAAAAUUGGCAGGACCGUCUGCCUUUUUUCUGACAAAAUUUUGUGUUUUAGAAUGUCUGUUCAACAUGAUUAAUGAAACUUUGUAUUAUGUCUGUGAAGGCAGCUUAUUUAAUGUUCACAAAUUAUGAUGUGUGGGUGCAUCGUCUUUGCUCAAAUAUAAGCACUUAAGUAUAAAUUCCCAGCAUCUCUGUGCACAAUCCUUGUUGCUUAUUGUGACCCAAGUUCUGUAAAGUAUGAAAUAUUUCAGUGUUAUUGCUGUAAAAUCCACUGUAAUAUUUUCUGUGAUCAUAAGAAUGAAAUACUUUGACUUGUUUGGUUAAUGAAAGUCUUCCCUUGUAAUUUUAGCUUUUGUGUCAUAAUUGCCUUAAUUUAACAGUCUGAAAUAGUGUUUGUAAACUUUUUAAAGGGUUAUUAUAAAAUAGAUUUUAGAAUAAUGAGAAUGAAUAGCCCAGGUUUUAAAGAAAUUUGACUAUUAUGUAUAUAAGAAGAAAAACAAUGCAACAAACUGAAAUUUCUUAACUUUUCAUUUGUGAAAGGCCUAUCAGUAUUCAUGUAGGCCUGCUUUGUAAUUUGUUUCAUAUGACCUCGUGUGAAUGGUGAGACAAGCAAUUUUAUAUUGAUUUUGUUUUGAUGGUCUGUGAUUUUGUAAUCUGUAUAUUAAAUUAAUACUGAGACUGGCAAAAUAGGUAUUUACAUUCAGUAUUUUUGUUCCGUAACAGUGAGCACAGUGUGACCUUAAACGAUUUAACAACCAUGAGUUCUAUAUGGCAGCAAAAAUAUUAUUGUACAUUUUCUUUUUGUUUUGUCACCUGCAGCUGUCAGCUUCACAAAUCUCAUCUCUGUCCAGGGUGCUGAAGGUCUUGGCUCAUUGUAAGUACUGUAUAAAUAUAGCUUAGCACUCUAAAGUUGGUAAUUGUUUAUGUGUGUGUGUGUGUGUAGGUAAAUGAAUCACUCGUUUUGGUAGAUGUACAAGAUGUAAGACAUCAGCAUUUGUAGGUGUCAUUCUAUCAUUUUAAAAUAGCUGGACCUUGAAAGCAGGUCUUGCCUAUUUCCUGUUUCCAUUCCAACUACAUGAAUGGAAAAGGGAAAUAAUCUAUUAGUUGAAAGAGUCAUUUGUGGGGAGAGCAGGAGGGGAGGGAGGGAUUUGAUCUUAGCUGCACAACUUGUCCAUCACACAUCAUAUUGCAAUCAAUGCAUUUUUUGAUACAGUAUUACUGUGUAGGGGAGGGUGCGGUGGCACAGCAGGCUUGCCCAGGG